AUGGCGCACUCGUAUAUCGACCCCUGUGGAAGCGUAACUAACGUAACAAGAUUAACUAGCGGAACUAGCGUAACAAGCUUAACUAGCGGAACAAAGGUAGCACGCUUAACUAGCGGAACUAACGUAACAAACUUAACUAGCGGAACUAACGUAACAAGUUUAACUAGCGGAACUAACGUAACACGCUUAACUAGCGGAACUAACGUAACAAGCUUAACUAGCGGAGCUAACGUAACAAGCUUAACGAGCGGAACUAGCAUAACACGCUUAACUAGCGUAACUAACGUAACAAGCUUAACUAGCGUAACUAACGUAACAAGCUUAACUAGCGUAACUAACGUAACAAGCUUAACUAGCGGAACUAGCGUAACAAGCUUUAUUAGUGGAACUAACGUAACACGCUUAACUAACGUAACACGCUCAACUAGUGGAUCUAGCGUAACAAGCUUAACUAGCGUAACUAAUGUAACACGCUUAACUAGCGGAACUAACGUAACACGCUUAACUAGCGUAACUAACGUAACACGCUUAACUAGCGUGACUAAUGUAACACGCUUAACUAGCGGAACUAAGGUAACACGCUUAACUGGCGUAACUAACGUAACAAGCUUAACUAGCGUAACUAACGUAACAAGCUUAACUAGCGGAACAAGCAUAACAAGCUUAACUAGCGUAACUAACGUAACAAGCUUAAUUAGCGGAACUAACGUAACAAGCUUAACUAGCGGAACAAGCGUAACAAGCUUAACUAGCGUAACUAACGUAACAAGCUUAACUAGCGUAACUAACGUAACAAGCUUAACUAGCGGAACAAGCGUAACAAGCUUAACUAGCGGAACUAGCGUAACAAGCUUAAUUAGCGGAAUUAACGUAACACGCUUAACUAGCGUAACAAGCUUAACUAGCGUAACUAACGUAACACGCUUAAUUAGCGUAACUAACGUAACAAACUUAACUAGCAAGACUAACGUAACAAGUUUAACUUGCGGAACUAACGUAACACGCUUAACUAGCAGAACUAACGUAACAAGCUUAACUAGCGUAACUAACGUAACACGCUUAACUAGCGUAACUAACGUGACAAGCGUAACUAGUGUAACUAACGUAACACGCUUAACUAGCGUAACUAACGUAACAAGCUUAAAUAGCGUAUCUAACGUAACACGCUUAACUAGCGGAACUAACGUAGCAACCUUAACUAGCGGUACUAACGUAACAAGCUUAACUAGCGGAACUAAAGUAACAUGCUUAACUAGCGUAACUAACGUAACAAGCUUAACUAGCGUAACUAACGUAACACGCUUAACUAGCGUAACUAACCUAACAAGCGUAACUAGCGUAACUAACGUAACAAGUUUAACUAGCGGAACUAAUGUAACAAGCUUAAUUAGCUUAACUAACGUAACAAGCUUAACUUGCGGAACUAACGUAACACGCUUAACUAGCGGAGCUAAAGUAACAAGCUCAGCUAGCGUAACUAACGUGACAAGCAUGACUAGCAUAACUAACGUAACAAGCUUAACUAGCGUAUCUAACAUAACAAGCUUAACUAGCGUAACUAACAUAACAAGCUUAACUAGCGGAACUAACGUAACACGCUUAACUAGCGUAACUAACGUAACACGCUUAACUAGCGUAAUUAACGUAACACGCUUAACUAGCGGAACUAACGUAACAAGAUUAACUAGAGUAACUAGUGUAACACGCUUAACUAGCGGAACUAACGUAACUAGCUUAACUAACGUAACUAACGUAACAUGCUUAACUAGCGUAACUAACAUAACAAGCUUAACAAGCGUAAUUAGUAUAACACGCUUACCUAGCGUAACUAACGUAACACGCUUAACUAGCGUAACUAACGUAACAAGCUUAACUAGCAUAACAAACGUAACACGCUUAACUAGCGUAACAAACGUGACACGCUUAACUAGCGUAACUAACGUAACAAGCUUAACUAGCGGAACUAACGUAACAAGCUUAACUAAUGUAACUAACGUAACAAGCUUAACUGGCGUAACUAACGUAACAAGCUUAACUAGCGUAACUAACAUAACACGCUUAACUUGCAGAACUAACGUAACAAGCUUAACUAGCGUAACUAAUGUAACAUACUUAACUAGCGUAAUUAGCGUAACAUGCUUAACUAGCGGAACUAACGUAACAAGCUUAACUAGCGUAACUAACGGUGGGGCAGGGCAGGGGACUGAGGCGCCCCUGGGGGAGGCGGACAGCGGUCGAUGA